GAACAAGAUGGCUGUCCUGCUACAAGGAAAGUAUCUGUCUUCUUCAACGUAAACACGGCUUUUCUUUGCAUUUGCCGAUAGCAUGUAAAUAGCAUUUAGGCUGACAUUUUUUAAAAACACUUCAAAGACGUUUUAGAUAAACGGAGACACUUUUUGGGACAGAAUUCCAAAUCGCUUGAUGUUUUUUUUUUUUUUUUUUUCUCUAAGAAAGUCUGGUAAGGGUGAAAACUACUGACGUUGGCUGUGAGAAGCAGGAAAACACUGUUUAAUGUCUCCGUCCUGAUGUUUUAAUAACAUUACAUUGUUUUAUGUGUUUAAUUACCGAUUUCACUAACUGUAAAAGUUGUGGGGUUUCGUUAAAGGCGUGUAAAAGUUAACUCGGAGGUGAAAUGGUCGAAAUGCUUCAGCCUUGUCACAUUUAUCGAGGUUUUUAACGUAUUACCGUCUGACUGAAGCAGAUAGCCGGUAACGGUAGUUCAAUAAAACCCCAUUAGACCAUGAGUUCAUCCCGAGUCAAACCGCAGCAGCUACCGCAGAGUCAGACUGGCAGGGUGCCGAAUAGACUGGACUCCAGCGAAGGCAUAGAGAUGGAGAACAUCCAGCAUCAAGACCUGGGGCUCGGAGGAGUCAUAGGCACUCCGUCACCUCCGUCCAGACAGGCCUGGAGUCGGGAUAACCCGGGGUUUGAGCCCGAGGAUGAGAUUAUGGAAGCGGACUGGCCUCCGGCGAGUCCCGGGAGAAGGUCUGUGUCCACGGCCUCCAGCAGCAGCUGCAGCAGCGGCCUGGGCAGCUACACGGGCGGGGGCAGCAGCACCCACAUCCCCCGAGGAGGAGUGUACCCGACCCCCACUGUGGAUGCCCAGCAGCAAGACAGACACGAACACCGCAGCUGUAUGAAGCAGAUACUCCACAACCUCAGAAUUCUGUGGGGCACAGAGCUCAUGGAGGACAGUGACAGCAGUCGAGAGAGGUACCUCAGGAACGUCCUAAGGGAGAUGCUCACAUAUGUUGCUUUUCUCAUCACUCUUUGUAUCUUGACCUAUGGGAUGGUGAGCUCCAAUAUGUACUACUACACCAAAGUCAUGUCUCAGCUUUUCCUGGACACACCGCUGUCUGUAGGAGACCCUCUCACUUUUAGGAGCCUGUCAACCAUGGAGGAUUUCUGGAAGUUCACAGAAGGACCUUUCCUUAAUGGCAUGUACUGGGAGGUGUGGUACAACAACAAGAGCCUGCAAGAAAACCAGAGCCUCAUCUACUAUGAGAACCUUCUCCUUGGCGUUCCACGACUUCGGCAGGUCAAAGUCCACAAUGAGUCCUGCUCGGUCCACGAAGAUCUUAGAGUUGAGGUUCAGGACUGCUACAACAUGUACACUCCUAGUAAUGAAGACACUGCCCCAUUUGGCCCCAAGAAUGGAACCGCAUGGGUCUACACAUCAGAAAGUGAGAUGAGUGGUAGCAGUCAUUGGGGUCAGGUAUCAACAUACGGAGGAGGAGGAUACUACCAGGACUUGUCUCGCACAAAAGAGGAGUCGGCGGUCCAGCUGCAGUUUCUCAAAGACCACCUGUGGCUGGACAGAGGCACCAGAGCGGUUUUCCUCGACUUCUCUGUCUACAAUGGAAACAUCAAUCUCUUCUGCAUCGCCAGGUUGUUGGUAGAGUUUCCUGCUACCGGCGGAGUAGUGACCUCCUGGCAGUUCCAGACCGUCCGCCUGAUUCGAUACAUGUCCAGCUGGGACUACUUUGUGGGAGUGUGUGAGGUGGCGUUCUGCCUGUUCAUCCUCUACUACGUGGUGGAGGAGGUGCUGGAGAUCCGCAUUCACCGUUUGCAUUACUUCAAGAGUCUGUGGAACUGCCUCGAUGUCCUCAUUGUUGUGUUGAGUGCUGUUGCUAUUAUCAUGAACAUCACCAGGACAGCCAUGGUUGGAAACCGCCUCAAAGACCUGUUGGAGAACCACACAGCACACCCCAGCUUUGAGUCUUUGGCUAACCUGCAGGUCCAGUUUAACACUGUGGCUGCAGUCAUUGUCUUUUUGUCUUGGGUCAAGCUUUUUAAGUUCAUCAACUUCAACAAGACCAUGAGUCAGCUGUCAAGCACUAUGUCUCGCUGCGCCAAAGACCUCGUGGGUUUUGCCAUCAUGUUCUUCAUCAUCUUCCUGGCUUAUGCUCAGCUCGCCUACUUGGUGUUUGGAACCCAAGUUAACGAUUUCAGCACAUUCCAAGCCAGCAUUUUUACUCAGUUCCGUAUCAUCUUGGGAGACUUUGAGUUUUCAGAGAUAGAAGAGGCCAACCCGGUCCUGGGACCCAUCUACUUCACAACCUUUGUCUUCUUCAUUUUCUUCAUUCUAAUGAACAUGUUCUUGGCCAUCAUCAAUGACACAUACUCUGAGGUGAAGGCUGACAUGUCCCAGCACAGGUCUGAGAUGGAGAUGACGGACCUCAUAAAGAAGGGUUGUAACAAAGCCCUGAUGAAGCUGAGACUGAAAAAGACAGCAGUAGAUGACAUCUCCGACAGUCUGCGUCAGGCUGGGGGCAAACUGAACUUUGACGAACUCCGACAGGAUCUCAAAGGGAAGGGCCACACAGAUGCAGAGAUUCAGGCCAUAUUUGCUAAGUAUGACCAUGACGGUGAUCAGGAGUUGACAGAGCACGAACACCAGCAGAUGAGAGAUGACCUGGAGAAAGAAAGAGAGGACUUGGAACUGGAACGCAAUUCACUGACUAGACCCAGCAGUGGGCGAAGCUUCCCUCGCACACAGGACGACUCGGAGGAGGACGACGACGAGGACAGCGGCCACAGCUCGCGUCGCCGUGGCAGCAGCUCAGGGGGUGUUUCCUAUGAGGAGUUUCAAGUGCUGGUGAGACGCGUGGACAGGAUGGAGCACUCUAUUGGCAGCAUAGUGUCCAAGAUAGACGCUGUGAUUGUGAAGCUGGAAACCAUGGAGAGGGCUAAACUCAAAAGGAGAGAUGUGCUAGGCAGACUGCUGGAUGGAGUUAUGGAGGAUGAGCGUCAGGGUCGGGACACGGACGCCCACAGGGAGCAGAUGGAGAGGCUGGUGAGGGAGGAACUGGAACGCUGGGAGUCCGAUGACAUGGUCUCGCAGGUCAGCCACCCACAGUUGGCCACUCCCGUCGGCCCCCGGCCCCGUCCGUCCUCCUCUCUGUCCACUGACGGCGUCGACAACAGCACAAAUGGGAGCAGCCAUGUGUGAAGACUUGGCCCACAGAAAAACAUUCCACUAUGGAAAUAAAGUGAGAUUUGGAAAUUUCCCUGCAGCUGUAUAAGUAACUCUAAAAGACAUUUUUGCACAAAUAGCAUAAUGAAGUUGUUUAGAAGUAUUAUAAAAGGAUCUCAAACUCUUGCACCUAAACUAUGAGAGAGAUUCUUCCAGGAGACAUACAAAAGUUAUUUUUCAGCUAUUUUUGCAGUAUCACUUUAAGAGCAUAGUAAUCAAAACACUGAAAUGUGUAUUGAACAGUAAUGAAGGAUGUGAUGACAACUCACCCGUCACUGUGUUCGGACAGUGCACAGCCUGUAACACAAUACACAGCGAAGACGUUUUUGCUGCAUGAGAAAUAUGCUCAGCUGCUUUUUAUCACUGUAUCCUCACAUUGCAUUUCAACAAAUACCAAAAAGCCAUUUGUUUGAAUGUUUGUUGAAUAUUUGUUUUUCCAUCAUUUUAAUAUACAUUAGGUACAAGUGUGACACAUUCUGUCAUAUUUACUCAUCUUCUCUACACCAAUUAAGCUUCAAAUUAAAUAGCUUAUUAUCAUUUUAUGAUACAUAUUGUAACUUGAAACAAACUUCGAUUUGGAGUGCAUCUAGUAUUCAUGGGAAACCCAUGCAUUUAUGUUUUUUCUUGUGUCUUAUGUUUUUUACAGCGUAUGUUUUUUUUUUUUUUUUUAUCUGUAAUGCCAAAUAAAGUGUUACUAAAAUA